GUCCAUCUUUCGUAUACGUUACACAGCACAGCAGCUGCAAUUCUCUCUUUAAUUUGAAAUUCUUCUCUUUCAUAUAUCCUCAGUCUCACAUUUUUGAUUUUUAAGUUACGUUAAAUUAUUUAGCAUCAUGAUUAUUGAAGAACCUGAAGUUUUCAAAGCUUGGUUGAUCGAUAAGCUGAAAGUUCUGUGUGAUGCGGAACCUGAAGCUCUUGCCAAGUAUGUAUACGCUCUAGCUAAAAAGGAUAAGCCGCUAGCAGAAUUAAAAGAAACAAUGAUUCAGCAAUUAGAAGUGUUUUUAAAUGAGACCACAGCAAAUUUUGUCACCGUUCUCAUCAAUACAAUCAGCGACAAAACGUACCUUACCUCUUCAACUCCUGCUGAAGAAAAGCCAGCACCGAAUGCUGAGACAGCUGAGGUCGUGAAAACAGAGCAGACAGAAGCCAAAGCUGAUUUGAAAACUGAUGUAAAAACUGAGAGCAGACUUCCAUCAGCUGUUGUUGAGAAAUCCAGUUCGGAUACAAGUAGCAAGUUGAAACGUAAGCACUCGUUCAGUCCAGAGCACAAGACCAAGUAUUCACGGACAAAACGGCGCUCUUCCUCAAGUUCUGGCUCCAAAUCUAGAUCGAGGUCAAGGAGUAAAUCAAAAUCCAGGUCAAGAUCGCGAUCUCGCUCACGCUCCUGGUCCUAUGAACACCGCCAUAGUUACCGAAGGAAUAGAAGUUACCGCAACUGGUCUCCCGAGCAUCCGAAAAGAACCAGAACCAUCAGGAAAUCCCCACCUAAUCACUCCAAAUCGCCUAUAGACUACAAGAAAGGGAGCUGGCAUACCUUAGCUGAUUGGGAAAAACCAGUCUCACCUGGAGGAACCAUAAUCCAGCGAAAUUUGAACCACCCACCACCGAGGUUCAAUGGCCCACCUCCUAAUAUCUACGCCAAAAAGUGUGCAGAUUUUGAAGAAAAAGGUUUUUGCAUGAAAGGCGACUUGUGCAUGUUUGAUCAUGGAACGGACCCUGUCGUUUUGGAUAAUGUUGAUUCGGUGCCAUUCAGCCUCCCAGUUCAGCCUGAUGUAUUGCAUCCCUCUGGACCAGACUCCCUCUAUGCCAAUCCCAUGGUGAACCUACAGGGACCGCUUCUUGGACCUCCACCAAGUAAUCUGGAAUACAACCCAGCCGCACCUAAUAUGGAACCUUGGCCCCCAAGUAAUUAUAUUGGAGGUCCAUUUAACAAUCGUGGACCACUAAAUAAACAGCGAGAACUGAUCAGCGUUCCGACCUCUGCCAAGGCUGGCCUGCAGGACUUCACGAGAUCAGACUCUCUACAGAAACCAAAGUCUUUCAAUCAACAGAACAUCCCAACAAACUCUCUCCUUCUGAAGAAAAUCCCCACACAUCUAAACAAUAUCUCAAGGCUCAACAAUCAUUUUUACAAAUUUGGCAGGAUCAAUAAAAUUCAAGUUUUCUACGAAGGGCAGCCAGAUGCAGCUCUGAUUACUUUCAGCUCCGUUGCAGAGGCUCAAGCAGCCUACAGGAGCCCAGAACCCAUUCUCAACAACCGUUUCAUUAAAAUGUUUUACUAUCAAACAGAUAAGAGCUUAGUUAAUGGAAAAAUUCAAGAUUCAAUCGCCAACAAACGCAAUGUAGGGAACACUAGUGCUGUAAAUAUGCAGCUGAACAGGCCGAAAGUUCCAGAAACCUCCAAUGGUGCCACACCCAAACAGGUGGAUAGCACCACUACAUUUCAGAAAACUGGUGCAUACAAUUUGGUUAAAGAUCCAGGGAGAAAACCGGUUGUUGAAAAAUUGAAUGUCCUGAAGAAAACAGUAACCAUCUACAAGAAAAAGCAAGAGCUAUUACAGAAAUUGAUCAAACAACAAAAAGAUCUUAUUCUACUCAUCGAAAAAGGGUCACUUAGUGAGGAACAAAGGAGUAAAAUAUUUGAAACCAUCAGUAGUUUACAGGUCCAAAUUGAAGGCAUCAAGGAAUCAAUCAAGGAAGCUCAAGCAGAUAUGUCGAAGACAGCCUCUCUGAUAAAAUCGAAACCUGGAACUCAGCUCGUCAAAUCUGAGCCAAAAGUGAAAACGGAACCUGUUGAACAGUCCGAGGCAGCAGAAAAAGUCGAGAUCAAAGGAGAAAGUAGUGAUGCGGAUUCAGCUGAGAAGCCAUCAGCGGAAAAUCAGAGUGAUAGCAAGGCGUCCAAAGAGAAUGAAGCGGAUAGCAGCCAACCACAAAAGAAGCAAGCGCUCACUGAGAUGCAGCGGAAGAUUUUAGACUUGAAGAAACAGAUGCAAGCCCUGACUGACUCAAAAACACUGGCUCAGUCUCUCAAGAAGCCUUUUUUCAAUAAUCCAAACAAAUUCAGCAGGAAUUUAACAUUCACCAGAAAUCCAACAGCUCCUGAGACGACAAAGAAGAAUGUUUUUGCUCUCUCCAACCCCACAACCACAGCGCCUGCGCAGCCCUCGAAAUUCCCUGCUGCAGCGAACGUCGAUCACCGUCCUACCAAACUCCUGAUCUCUGGCUACGAAUAUGAUGAUGAAACAGAACUUCUGCAAAACCUAGCUGCGUUUGGAGAAAUAGAGGAUUACAUCAGUGAUCCAACCACACCCUCGAUAAUUGUGUCUUACAAAACAAGGAAAGAAGCGGAAAUUGCGCUUGUCAAGGGGAAAAUGUUCAAGGACAGAAAGCUGUCCAUUAUGUGGUACAAUGAACCGGUUCCUUACAAGGCAAUGAAAAGGACAUUGUCUUGCUCCUCAGACCAUUCAACAGACAAAUCAUUUCAAGAUGAUAUCACAUCGCCUGAUCAUUACAGCUAUUCGAGGAAGUUUGAUUCUAGUCAUGAAGACGACUCCGACUGCGAUCGCAAGAGUGACCGUGACAUUGACGAGAAAUUGGACUUAAAAUCAGACAGCUCCCAGCGGGAGUUUGAUUGGAACCGGCUGAGCCAUUGAUCUCUGUUCCUUUAUUGUUUUGUCAAUUGAUUGAUACCUGCAUUUGCACCCUGUAUUUUUCAUUGAGCUCACGAAUCAUUGGUUUCUAGGAUGACUUUGUUUUAUUUGGAGUUGAAAGUUCCAAGGUCUAAACCUUCAUGUUGUAUUUUUUAGCGGUAAUUUUUGUUCACGAAAUAAGUUGUAUAUUUUAUCUAUUUAUUUUCCUAAUUGUUGCAAAUAUUUUCAGUCUUUGAGUUUUUAAAAAA